CGGAUUGUUUUUAUUGGCUCGUUGUCAAUUAUAGGAAGCUAGUUUUCCGUAGCUAUAAACACCGAAAAGUUUAGAGUUGUGAUUCUGUUUGUUUACAUGGUUGAUGAUUCCAAGUGUAUAUUUGAGAAUUGAGUUGUUGAUACCAUAAUAAGCAGAUAAAUAUCUGUGGGACGACUGUAUUCAAAUUGGAAUUAGCAUUUCAGCUGUAGCUGAUACAAUAAGCUCCUGUUAGCAGUAAUCAACAAGUUAACAUCAACCACUCAUGUUGAGCCAGUAUCUCUUAUGCUCUAAAAGUUUGAAGCAGCCAUAGACAUCUUAAACUUAUGGCAGUCAAAAAUUACUAUGUUUUGAAUGUGAAAAGAACCCAAUCAUAGGAACACUUUUAGAAAUUUGUCAACCCCAGAGCUUCAUGUUAGCCUUCAAAAAUACAAGAUUAAAAUAAAGUGUGAAAAUUGUUAGCUUUUUUUUUUCAAAAGCCAAGGCUGUUCGACUAGCAUCAUGCAAAGAAUUCUUCGAUCCCCUGUGAAUCUGAAGAAAAAGGUGCCGCAAAGCAAGGUGUUCGGAUUGCCUCUGGCCCAUCAGAUGCGCAAUCUCAAUGGGGACGUAUGCAUUCCUUUUAUUGUCAAGAAGAUUGUGGAAUUCAUCGUUAAACAUGGGAUUGGUCAUGAAGGAAUUUUUCGAAUGAGUGGUAGCUCGCGCGUAGUUGAUAAAUUACGGAGUGCAUUUGAUAAGUAUGGUGAUGCUGAUUUAGAAGAAGCUGAGGAUGUGAUGGCUGUUGCAUCUCUUCUCAAACUUUACCUUCGAGAGCUACCUGAGCCUAUUGUACCAGCUGAAAUUCACCGCAGAUUUCUUGCUAUUUAUGAAGGGAAUGAUGGAAGUAACUUAGUGAACCAAUUAGAUAACAUGAAGGAGAUUUUAGAUGACCUGCCGAAAGAAAAUUAUGUUUUGUUAAAAUACCUCAACAAGUUUCUUGUACAAGUUAGCCAGCAUGAGAGCACAAACAAAAUGACGCCUUUUGCUCUAGCGAUUGUUUUUGGCCCUAAUUUUUUCAGGUGUGAUGUCGGUUUCCAAAGUUUUAAAGAGCAAGGCAUGAUCAACAACAUCGUUAAAAGUUUCAUUCAAGAUUAUAGUCAACUUUUUGAAGGUGUUCAAGAUACUCUGGCAUCGCCUACCUACAGCUCUACUAUUAUACAAGUACAAGAAAAUCAAUCACUUAGCCCACCACAAAUAAAACCAAGAAAAAAGAAAAAAAAAACCCAAACCAAACCUGUUGUGGAAUUGAAAGACCUUAAUAGUAACUCAAUAAUCGAGUGUGAUUUAGAAGCUAAUUAUAUGGACAAAAAUGAUGUCAAUGGGUCUUCAGCAUUACUCAGCCCACAUGAUAUUGCAUUUGAUCGUGCUCAUUCACCAUUUCACCUGGACAGCGAUACUGGUACAAGCAACACCGCAACACCUGUAACAAAUGUAUCCUGCUCUGAACUUGUGGAGAAGGCAAUUGGUGAUAGUAUUAGUUAUCAUUUGUUUGGCGAGAAUGAAGAACGUGAUUCAUCUACAGAAAGUCCUCCGCAAAGACCCCAACGACGUAAAGAUUUUAACAGAAAACAACUUGAAAUUGAUACAACUAAAAGGAUAACUGAUGAAAGUAGGACAGAUUCUGAAAGCUCUUCUUCAAAGGACAAAUCAUUGCUAGAUUCACCUGCUUUUAAGCAAUUUGAAAAGGCUGGAAUCAUUAUACAACCGAGGACAAGUAGUAGUGUAAUGCCAUCAUUGUUGGUGCCAGAGGAUUUGCUUUCAGCUGAACUAAGUCCACGAUCAAAACGAAGACAAAAGAAUGUGCUAGCAAUGUCUUCCAAUACUCCAGUAAAGACAUCUCAAAACACAAGAAAACCUUUACCUACCGGUGCAGAAGAUGAGGAGCUAGAAAACAUCUCAAGAAAAACUGAUGUGCUAUCAUCUCUUACAGCCAAAAGAGUAACCCCACCAAAAAACAGACGAAAACCCACCAGAAAACAAAGAUUUGAUACAGAUAUCAAAGUACCUGAAGAUAUGAAACAUGAGAUCAUGGAUUCAGAGCCUUUGAGAAGCAAAGACCAAGAAAGUGUUCUAAGCCCAUACCAAGCUGACAUGACACAGGAAUCAAAGGAAACCCACCACAGAAUAUCACCCCACCGGAUGCUAAGAGAGAAAGAGAACCAUAAUGGGGUGUCCAUCAGUCAGAUGCUAGGGGGGCAGGAGAACCGUAGUGGGGUGUCUGUCAGUCAGAUGCUCAAGAUUGAUAUCCCACCACUUAAUCUGGACAGCUUGCAUGAACAUGUUGAUGGAAAUGAGCCAAUUCAAGCUUGGAAAUCGAAGGUAACUCUGAAGACAGAUGGAGAGGCAUUGCUUUCACCUCGAUCCAGCAAACUCCAGAGAACCUCAAGUGUACCUGAAGAUACUGAUGUCCCACCAUCUCCACCAAACUCACAGCCAUACCUUAAAGGAUCUUCACGAACGGAUGAUGGUGAAAAUGUGAAAGUGAAACAACUUUCCAGAAAGAUCCGAAGCUUGAAGAAGAAGAUCCGACGCUUUGAAGAACGAUUCUAUGAAGAAAAUGGCUUCAAACCAUCCCAUAGUGAUAAGGCCAGCAAUGCAGAUAUCAAGAAGAUUAUGACAGAGUUGAAACAGGCCAAUAAAGAUCUAAAAAAGAUUAAAGCAAAUGUGAGGAGUGAAGAUUACACUGAACAGCCAGAUAGACCUUCUAGCGAGCCCAGAAGUUUAUUCAGUGCUGAGAAAGAAGAUACAUCAGGGAAAGUAGAAGCCUUAAGGAAGGCUCAGGAAAUGCUGGAAAAGAAACGACAAGAAAGUAAUAGAACUCAUGAUCUUCAGUUGAUGACUUAUGAUGAAGUGCAAGAGGAGAAAGUUGCAGUUCAGAAGGCAUUACUGCAACUUGAAAGUGACUAUGGCAGGCCUAGAAACAAGGCAGAUAAGGAAUUGAUGAGACCAUUAUACGACAGAUAUCGCAGUAUUAAGAAAAUGAUAUUGAGAUAUGAUUUGCGUGGACGGAAUCUAGAAGAGCCUCGAGCAGCUUCAAGUGAUUUACAGACUAUUGAAGAAGGCGAAGAAACAAAAGAAUUUGUUGCUAAGGCUUCACCGACAAGUCAUGAUGAGUAUCUGGAUAAAUUAUUUAUGGUAACUCAAAAAAUACCUGAGGUAGAUAGUCCCAGGGAUUUUGAUGAUCCAUCUCCGAGUCCCAGUGGCCAGGCAACCAUCAACAUGGAACAUGAGCUAACACUGCAUCAGGCUUCCUUAGAGGAAUUGCUGAUGAAACAACAUGAAGCAAAACAAAACAAGAAACAGUUGCGCAAAAAACUAAAAGACUUUGAAGACGAUUUCCUGAAAGAGAAAGGACGAAAACUUCAAAAAGAAGACUGGGUACCACUAGGGGAAGAAUACGAACAGUACAAGCAUGUGAAAAAGCAGUUGAAGCUUCUUGAUGCAUUGAUUUCAAAACAUGAUGAUAGUCCACAGUUGUAGUUCUAAACCUGAUUUGAACUGUUGCAAGAUUUACUUACAAAAACAUUUAAAAUACAUUUACGUUUUGCACUGCCACAGAUGUCAGAACUGGAAUAAUAUUAAGAUGCGUUAGAUUUGGAGUAAUAUUAAUAUGCGUUAGAUCAAAUUCAAAUAAUAAAAUAUUAUCGUCAUACUUGAAUGUUGAACAUUCCAUUAUAAUCCUCAUCCUCAUCAUAAAUCAUCAUCAACUUCAAACUAUAGUAUCAUUAUCUUUUUAUCCAUCAUCAUCAUCAUCAUCAUCAUCAUCAUCAUCAUCACCAACAACAUUAACAUUGGUAUCAUUUUCUUUAUUGUCAUUAUCUUAUCACCAACCUGAUCAUUUUAAUCUUUAUCAUCACCAUCACAUUGACAUCACUAUCAUUAUUUUUGUCAUCAUCAUCAUCACCACCUUCAUUAGUAUCAUUAUCAUCAUUGCCAUACCAUCAUCCUGAUCAUAAAUUCUUUAUCGUUGUCAUCAUUAUCAUCAUCAUCAUUAUUAUCAUUAUCUUUAUCAUGGUUAUAAUAAUCACUAACCUCAACCUGAUCAGUCAGCCUUGGCCAUCUAUAUUGUCAUCCUUAUCAUCAUCUUUCAUUAUCAUACUCCUACUUGCCAUUAUCAUCUGAUAUCUCCAUCAUUAUCAUGCAUCCUCACCUUUUGCAGUGAUGCUUAAGUUUCAAACCUGUCGUUUUUAUAAUUUAAGUCAAUUUGUAUUUUUCUAGAUGCACAUGUAGAUGUCUAGAUACAUCGAUAUUAAAAUAUAUGCACCAAAGAAUUAAAUGUGACCAAGUUAACUGUGAGAUAUAUGUAAAUUGUAUUAACUGUAAACUGUACUUGUUAUGUACUUUUUAUGUUACCACAUUAUUUAUGUAAACAUUUAAAAAUGCAAUCUUGUAGGAAAAUAAUUUUUGAUGAGAUUGUCCUGUUUGUAUGCUUAUUUUCUCAAAACAAGCAAAAAUCAUGUACAAACACGACUAUUGGCGCUAGCGAUCCGUAGUGGUCGUCACAGUGCUCGACUUUGCCUCAGCAGAAACUAAAAAAAACUAAAUGGAUAUCAAAGUGACACGUUUUAUCAAUGUAUUGACGGUAAAGGUGUAUGUUAUAUCGACUCUUGACUGUAUUUUCUUUAAGGUGUGUGACCUCGCGCAUAAUCUUCAAAAAAUUCCCAAUCUCAACAAAUCCAGAGGAAAUCUCAAGCAAGCCAGUGCGAGACCCUUGACAGGUCCGACUAUUGUUUGUUUAUAUCAGUACUUUGCAGUUAAGAAACUUAGAUAUGAUGUAGAAAAUUUUGAAUGUUGCGUAACAGUAAAUGUGUGGUGAGGUGAUUAAGUUUGUUGAUAAAAAUUGUUUAUUACACCAUUAUCAGAAAUCAAUAACUAAUGUUAAAGUGUGUUAGUAAAAAAAAAAAGAAAAGGAGCUCCGGGCGAGUUGUUCUACUGAAAAUCUUGUAGCAUUUCCAUAAAUGUUGUAAUUGCUGUGUGUGUUUUCAAAACCAAAAUUCUAAUGUGCAACAGAACACAUAAACAUGAACACUUUCCAAAAUAAUAAGGUUUUCUGUUAAAUGCCUUAUUGGUGUUUUGGACUAUAUUAUUGGCUUGCCUUCGGAGAGAAGGCCAGAGGAGAAAAAUAUUGUAAAACAAAUUUGCUGUUUUUCUUUUUAUAUGAACAUUUUUGUGGAAUAUUGUACGUUUUGAAAGCUUUCAAUAUGGUUCCUCAGGCUGAAUUUCUGUCCAGACAAUCAAAUUUAAUUCGACAUGCCUAAAUAUGGUAAUGAAAGCAUGAUAUCAUGACCAUAUAUAGGCACUUCAUGUCUAUAUAUGGGCAUACAAUGCAGUUUUUUUUUGUCAAAGAAAAUGUGAUACUGUGGAUAGAGCCAAGUUCUAAGAACAUGUGUAGCAGUGGUUAGUAAUUUUGUUUCUGUUUAAAAAAAGAAGGAAAUUUUUACUAAAGGAAAUUCUAGUAAAUAAUAGAAAAAGUAAAUUGCACUGUAUUUACAAUACUAAAUUAGUUGUACACACAAAGUAAAUUGAAGUUGUAAACCAAACUAAAAAUACUAGCACAGAGGUAAAUUGUAAAUUUAGUUAUUUAACAAAAUCACAUUUCAUAGUUUUAUAAAAUAAAUUGUUAUACAAUGCAUAGUUUAAAAAAAAACCAAGUCAAUGUUAUGCAAGAGUAGUAUUGUUUUACAUGUAGCUGUUUUAAUUUUCAAAAGAAAGACAAAAUUUCAGUGGUUUGAGAAUGAUUUGUUAUAGUACUGUAAAUUUGCUAUUCCUGAUCAUCAUUUUAUUUUUAAAACAAUUGAUUAUUGUGUCCUUAAGCCUUGUCAGAACUGAAAAAAAACCCUGUUCACAUGUCUAUAUAUAGUCAUGAUGUGAUGCCAUCAUGACCAUAUUUAGGCAUGUCACAUGUUUUUAUCAAAUAACAUUUGAUAGGCUGGGCAGGCCUUAGACUUAUAUAAUAUAACAUUGUGUAAAUAGUGACAUUCUGUGUGAGAUUUUGUAUUUGCUGUUCCUAUGUGGUUAAUUUAACUUGUUAAAUAUUGAGCAAAUCCUAUAUUCUGCAGAUAAAUGAUUUAAGUUUAUAUAAGAUGUAUAAUAGAAAAUUAUUUUUGUAUUCUUUGAUGAUUGAUAAUAUUGUAUGUUAUCUAAAAAUAUCAAUAAGCUUUACUAUAAUAAUUGUGUGCUAUGCUUCUUGUAAUUUAUGUUCAAUGUCCACAGUGUCAUGUCUCCAGAGGUAAUGAUGUCAUACCCCAGAAAUAAUGAUGUCAUAACCUCUGAAGGAAUGAUGUCCUAUCAGCAAUGUAAAUCUUGCUUUUAUGAUUAUAGAUUUGUGAUAGAAGGCAGUAUUCGUUAUCCUAUAAAUAUAUGUGGUAAUAGUCAUAUAUCAAAUUGAUUCAAAAGGUACACUACUUACAAAAUUUCGAAUUUAAAAAUAGAAUAUUCUUAAAGCGUUUAAAAGGCAAACAUGUUUGACUCAAUUACAUGGUGUACAUAAGUCUUUAUUAUACAAAACUCUGGUAUUACCAAAGUGUUGCUUAUAUAUUUAUUAUGUUAUAAUUUAUAACACUAAAUAACCAUGUCUAGUUGUAGCUUCAUGCUCUGUAUACAACUGUAUUUGCUGUAGUAAAAUGCUAGCCACAAAUAAGCAUGACCAUUAGCCAUUCACUGUUUCUCUGCAUGUCACUUUUUCAUGUACAGUAUCAUACUUCUCUCUUUCCUUUCAUUUCUACUUGAAUUCAUCACUCGUUUAUUUUUUAUCUAAUUUAUGUCUGAGGCUUCUGUGAGGCGUGCUUUCUCUUAGGCAAAAGUAGAUAUAUCAACUUGAAUUAUUAUAUUUUAUACAAGAAUACCUUGAUUAAUAAUAGAUAUUUUUUCAAAAUCCAACGAGCAAAAUUAAAAUAGCCUUUUUGUCCGUAGAAAACACUGGAGAUUUAUGUUUUGUAUGAAAUGUGAAUGUAAUUAAUGUAAAAAUGUAAAUUUAUAAAUAAAACAAUUUAAUUGCUUUGAGCAUUUA